AGAAACUAACCCGAAGAGAGUUAAAGUUGUUAUAUUUCUCACCUUUCUGCUUCCCCCUCUCUCAUUUGCUUCUCUACUGCAUCCCCUUUCCUCUUUCCAUAAUUUCCAACCCCUUCCAGUUUCUUGAAACGAUGAACACAUCCAUAAUCGAUCCGUUGCAGGGUGAUUUUCCUGAAGUUAUAGAAGAGUAUCUUGAACAUGGGGUUAUGAAAUGUAUUGCUUUCAAUCGUCGCGGUACCCUUCUUGCUGCUGGCUGCAAUGAUGGAAGUUGUGUUAUCUGGGAUUUUGAAACCAGGGGCAUUGCUAAAGAGCUUCGAGAUAAUGAUUGUUCCUCUCCCAUUACCAGUAUAUGUUGGUCAAAGUGUGGUAAUCGAAUUCUGGUAUCUGCUGCUGACAAGUUGUUAUCCCUGUGGGAUGUUUUGAGUGGUAAGAGGAUAACAAGAAUAGUUUUGCAGCAAACCCCUUUACAAGCUCGUCUCCAUCCAGGGUCCUCCAAACCAUCUAUCUGCUUGGCGUGUCCUCUCUCAUGUACUCCAAUGAUUGUUGACUUAAACACCAAAGAUACAACUUAUCUUCAAGUUUCUGUCUCUGAGAAACCAACUGAACCAAACCCUGCCUCACGUAACAAGUGUUCUGAUGGAAGUACAUCUUUCACGCCUACUGCAGCAUGUUUUAGUAAGCAUGGAAACCUGGUUUACGUGGGAAACUCAAAAGGGGAAAUUCUUGUAAUUGACAGUAAAGAUGGUGAGGUGCGUGCCAUGGUUCCCAUCUCUGGUGGUUCAGUAGUGAAGAACAUUGUAUUCAGCAGGAACGGACAAUAUCUUCUAACGAACUCAAAUGAUCGAGUUAUCAGGAUCUAUGAAAAUCUUCUUCCCCCAAAAGAUGAAAUUAGAGCACUAAAUGAACUGAAUGAGAGCCUCAGUAAUCUAAAUGGUGUUGAGAAGUUGACGGCUCUAGGAUCAAAAUGUUUAACUUUGUUCCGUGAGUUUCAAGAUGCAAUCACAAAGGUGCACUGGAAAGCACCCUGUUUCAGUGGUGAUGGUGAGUGGGUUAUUGGUGGUUCUGCUAGCAAAGGAGAGCACAAGAUUUACAUAUGGGAUAGAGCUGGACAUCUUGUGAAAAUCCUUGAAGGGCCUAAGGAAGCCCUUAUUGAUUUAGCAUGGCAUCCUGUACGUCCAAUUGUCGUAUCUGUUUCUUUGAAUGGCAUAGUUUAUAUCUGGGCCAAAGAUUACACUGAGAACUGGAGUGCUUUUGCUCCUGAUUUCAAAGAGCUUGAGGAAAACGAGGAGUAUGUGGAGCGAGAAGAUGAAUUUGAUUUGGUUCCCGAGUCUGAGAAGGUAAAAGGAUCCGAUGUCAAUGAAGAUGAGGAAAUUGACAUUGUGACAGUGGAGAAGGAUCCUGCUUUCAGUGACUCUGAUAUGUCCCAGGAAGAGUUAUGUUUCCUUCCAGCAUCUCCCUGUCGUGAUGUUCCUGAACAGCAAGACAAGUUCUUAGAAAGUUCUUCAAAGCUGGCGGACAGCAAUAACUCUGAAUCAACAUUUUCAGAAGAAACUGGAGCAAAUGGACAUAUGAUGAAUCAUGCCUCAAGUCCAGUUGAAGAUGAUGCUGUUGGAACACGAAUUAAAAGAAAGCGGAAACCAUCAGAGAAGGUGUUGGAGUUGCAGGCAGAAAAGGUCAAGAAACCCUCAAAAUCCAGCAAAUCGUCAAAAACCAAAAGUAAAUCUUUGUUUGAUGAGAGUAAUGGUAAUGGUUUUUAUUAUGAUGAGCUUUCUGACGAGUAACUGAAGUUUGUAAAUUAUUUUAUCUAAAAAUACAUUUUAGUAAUUUCUUCUCAAUCUUUUUUUACUUUUGUUAAUUCUUGCACGACACUGUCGUUCCCUGCCACACUCUUCCCUCUCUUCCCCUGGGCCUGCCUCAAUUUUAAAGUUAGAAUUGCUUAGCGAAUUUUAAUCAGGUGGGUUCUAUCGCUGUACAAAUAUGAUUAAUUUGGUCAUGCUUGGAAACGUUUUGUUGUUUGUUUAUAUAGAUGGAAUUCAACCAAAGGUUUCAAUGUGUUUGAUUUGGUAGAGUUAGGCCAGUGGCACAAGUUUUGUAAUUUGUUACACUUAUUGAGGGGUAUGACUUCUGAAUGCAAAAGGCUUGCAUCACAUAUAGACACAAUUUUUGCUACCCUGUACUCAUCUAGUAACUAGUAAUGUAUGUGAAGAAUGAAUGUAUACAACAAGUUAUAUAUUUAGUUUGGAUUUGUUAA